UGAAGGAUUGUUUCACUUUGUCCACGGACAUCAGGCGUUAAUAAUCUACAAUGGCCUACUGAAUCUUAUCAUCUAAUUUCUCAUGAUGUAGGCCUAGCCUACGAGACUGCAAAAGGAACCAGUAUUUUGUUUGAGGGCAGUGCGCGUGACGCGACCAGGCUAACUACAGUAGGUUACGUUGACCAGUGACAUUCUGGAGUGGUUUCAUCCCCACCCCCUUCAGCUGUCACAUUGUAAUAACUGCUGCUACAGCCGCCUCGGCGUUGAUUUGACUGCGGAGCUUUACGAACCAUCUCCGGCGGUCCUUAUAGGAUAUCUGGUUUGAAAGACAGCUUUCAGCCAUUUUUAUCACCGGUAAACUUUCGUUGAGCCCAGAAACGUGUCUCAUUCUGAAUAAUGGUUUUAUGAAGUGACAAAGAAGCAUAAACAAAAGCCAAAAAACGCGAGGUUUGGAUAUAAAAGAGCUCUGCCUUUUAUUGACGCCAGGUUUCUGUUUUUGCACUGAAUUCUAGCAUGUGCUACAUGUGACGACAAGGAUGCGCGGAGCGUGGGACCAGCAGCAGCCCGGCUGAAUAACUGUGAGCCAGAGUCCGGGGGGGCAACAGAUGGACUCGCUGGGAAGACUGGAGCCUGCUGUCAGCCUGCCUGCUAGAGACACCAUGGAGCAAAGCUUCAGCUUCAACACGUUGAAGCUGGCGGCAGUACCGGAUCACACCGACGUGAGCCUGACCGCGGCGGAGCGCGUCCGUGCCCUCAGCAAGAUGGGCUACAACAUCGAGAUCAACGAGGAGGUGACGCCACGGCGAUACUUCCGCUCCGGUGUGGAGAUGGAGCGCAUGGCCGCCGUCUACCUGGAGGAGGGCAGUCUGGAGAACGCCUACGUGCUCUACAACAAGUUUAUUACUUUAUUUGUGGAGAAGCUCCCCAGCCACCGGGACUACCAGCAGUGUAGCGUGCCAGAGAAGCAAGUCAUCAUGAGGAAAUUGCAAGAAGUGGCUUUUCCACGGAAGGACCAGCUCAAGAAGCUUCUGCACGAAAAGUACAGCAAAGAGCACAGCGAGUACUUGAAGCGGCAGAGCCAGGUGGCGUGCGCGGCGCAGCAGGGCUGUGACGAGCGUCUCCAGCGCCUGUCUCUGCUGGAGGAGGAGCGCCAGCGCGUGCAGCACCUCCGCCGCAUGCAGAUCGAGUCCGAGCAGUUCCGCUACUUCGAGGACCAGCUGCGGCGCCAGGAGCUGGCCAGCCGUCGCCAGGACGAGCCCGUGGCUACGGCGACGGCCGCGACCGGUGCGUCCGGCAAGGUGCCUGAACAGACGGACGGCUCGUGUCUCUCGCACGGCACCAAGAACCACGUACGCUUGGACCCCAACCGCAACAAGAGCCCGGCGGCAUCCGGCACCGGAAACAACGCCGUGCCUCAGGUCAAGCCGGCCGCCACCUUAGCCGCAGUGCAGAAUCAGCGAGUAGAUGGUCUGAGGCGCGUGCUCGUGCCCAGGGACCUGACGCACCGGUUCCUUCUACUGGCCGACAGCAACACGGCGCGGGGCAUCGAGACAUGUGGGGUGCUCUGCGGGAAACUGACUCAUAACGAGUUUGUGCUGACCCACGUGAUCGUCCCCAAGCAGUCGGCCGGGCCAGACUACUGCGACAUGGAGAACGUGGAGGAGCUCUUCAACUACCAAGACCGCCACAGCCUGCUCACACUGGGCUGGAUCCAUACCCACCCGACCCAGACGGCGUUUCUGUCCAGCGUGGACCUGCACACACACUGCUCCUAUCAGCACAUGCUGCCCGAAGCCAUCGCCAUUGUCUGUGCUCCCAAGCACAAUGACACAGGAGUGUUUAGACUCACCAGCUCGGGGAUGGGGGAGGUGGCCGGCUGCAGACUGAAGGGCUUUCAUCCGCAUUCAAAGGAUCCACCUCUAUUCACUAUCUGCAAACACGUUGUCGUGAAAGACACCAAGACAACGGUACUAGACCUCAGAUGACAGGGGAGCCGGAGACAAGAACCUCAUAACGCAGUGAACAUGACCGCAAGCUCUUUUUUGCAGAGGCCGACCGGUCCUAUUUUUAUCUCUGUUUACAUGAAGGCUUUUGUAUCUAUUUAUUUUGAACUGAAGUACUGUGGAUUUGCUUCUUUUUUUUUUGCCGCCCUGAAUGUUGUGAAGACGUUUUGAUGCCGGUGCCCUGGAGUUGUUCUGAACUUGUGUUGUUUAAUAUAUUUUUAUUAUUAUUUUGGAGGAGGGUACUUUCUCUUACUCCUUACUAUGCUCUUAAAUAGUUUGUUAAUAUAAUCCGUGAGUACAUCCACUAAACGAAACCUGGGGGGGGGGGGAUGCUCCAAGAACGUGUGAGGGGUAAACUUACUCAGGUUUAUCACUAAACCAGAUUCUUGGAAUACCCCACUGCUCUUGGAAGGAUAAUAAUUUUGUGAUCAAAUAUAUGCAGGUUUUCAUUUGAACACCAGAUGGCAUUGUAGAUCCAUUGGAAAGUGCCAGAAAAGCUAUGGUGAUUUUUAUCGAUGCCUUCAGAAGGACAAGCCGAUUGACUUCAACUCGGCUUCGUGUACAGAUAAUGAAGACUUGAGUUUGUAGACAUUGAUGUGUUGACCAUUCAAUAAUUUUCAGUAUUCAGCCUGUGGUUUUGGGCUGGUCUAAAAACUUGAAGACAUUUUGGCAUUUUUACUUUCUACUUUGUCUGUGAAAUUGGUUAGUGGCCAACAGUCUCCCAGUCAAUAAUGGAGAGAACUCAAUAAGAUGUCAGGAUGUGAAUGGUACCGUCACCAGACUUCGCUGAGCCAUAUCGGAUGAUCUAGUCAGUCACACAGUGUUCUAGUCUUUAUUCCCUUUUGCCAUAUUUUGUUUGUAGUGAAGAAUGUGUGUUUUUCUUUUUUUCUCCUUAGUGUUAAGUGAUGUUGUAGAUGCAUUUUAAAGUUCUGUGUUAGUAUCAAGCUCUUUAUGUUGUUCACUUCUCAAGCCAAGCACACAGGUACGUCUGGCCUUCUGGUGGUAUGAUUGCUUAAGUUGGGAGAAAAUGUGUGAGAAUGAUCAAGAAAACACAGACAACGAACACACACACACACACACACACACACACACACACACACACGUGUACAUACUGUACACACACACACACACAAAACCAAAGGAGUUUUCAGAUAAAACCCCCUAAAGGCCUUAAUGGGAAAAGCUGUUCCUUUGUUACCCCCAUAUCUGUAGUCCAGCCCUACCACACACUCCCCCACUCCCUACCAGAACUCAGGUCCCCCCCCCCCCCCCCCAACACACACACACAUAUACACACACACACUCAGAAAUCACAUCAUCAGUAUACCGACAGCCACACUCCUACUCAAAAUACCGUAUUUCAAAUACCGCCAUUGAACAAUCUUCUUCAUUAUAUAUUUUAUUGCUGUUUUUUUUCCCUCAGACGUAUAACUGUAGAUUUUUAGGUGGUUGAGUGUGUGUGUGUGUGUGUGUGUGUGAAGCAAAACCUCAAAGCGAAAUAAACAAAUGGCUCUUGUGGCUAUAGUGUCAGUUGUUUAAAGAAUGAUGUUAUCUUUUCUUCCCCCUGUUUUACUCUUGUUUUCAUUAGUUUGAUUGUUUAUGAAGGUCUCUGUUGUGCAGCUGUGUAGUGUUGUAUAGUGUUGUGUUGGGUGGGGGGAGGGGGUAAAACAUUGUCUAAAGGUGUGUUGCUGGAGGAGACUUUGUGUCAUAUCUAUCUAUGUCUGCUGCUCCCUGUGUGAGGAAUGAAUGUCGGAGGUUGGUCUUGUGCGACACACAUGCUUAGAAUGUGCAUUAAGGAUAUCGUCAUGGAUACCUUUUUUUCCACUGACAAUUUGUUAUUAAAGAACGGUUGGUUAAAAAAA